AUGCUUAUCCAGGACCGCUCAUGUGAGAGCGUCCAUACGCAUGCGCGUCUUCAAAUCGUGAACCUCAAUUCCGGUUCGUCUUUAAACUCCUCCCUUUUUCCCCACUCCCUCUUUUCCCCCACUGCCCCUUCUCCCCAACUCCCUCUUUUCCCCCACUCCUCCUUUUACAAUUCUUUCUUUCUUUCUUUUUCCAGUUUUAUUUUAAUUUUUCUCUUUUCAAUUAUAUUCCUUUUUAUUUUCUCAGUUCUUACGAAUCUUCAGCAUUUUGUCUUCUUUUUCUUCUUUUACUUUUUUUUUUUUACUUGUUCUUUAUUGCGUCUCUUUAUUUUUUCUUCUUUUCUUCUUCUUACCUUUUUUCUUUUUCUUUUUUCCAACCUUCUUCUUCUCCUUCUUCUUCUUAAAAAUAUUUUCUUUUUUUUCGGAAUUUAUUUUUCGUUGUCUUAUUUAGUUGUUCCUUCAUUUUCUUCUUCCUGUGGUUAUUUUCUACACUUCCACACUUUAAUUUUUCUUUCUUUCUUUCUUUCUUUCUUUCUUUCUUUCUUUCUUAUAUUACGAGCCGUUUCGCCCUUUCUAUUUAUCGUUUUCCUUUUACUGUCUUCUUGCUUUUCAAUUCCUUCUUUCUUUCCUUUUCUCUGUUUUCUUUCUUUUACGAUUUAA